CUUUCUUUUUGACUUCUUAAUUCUUGAACACACACUUUCAGUUUAUAAGAGCGUUGAAAAAAUGUAAAGCAUCUCUAUUAUCACUGCGCCCACAAGCAUAUACUCCAUAUUGACUCUCUGUCCAAUUUGCCCACUUGUCAUCUAAGGACAGGAGAACCAUCCUUUUGCCUUUAACCCUCCAUAGUACUACAAUCUUAUCUUUCUCCAUUACUCAAAUGUCCAUAUAAAUUCACCCAAUGAACAAUAGUUUUGUAACUCAAACACUCUUAACAUUUGUCAUGAGGAGAAAAAGAAUGGUUGCUUUAGCCUUAGACUCAUCUUUGAGCCUUAAGAACACCAAACACCUCCCUCAACAACCUAGGGUUGUGAAGGAAGAAAUAAGUGGUCUCAUCAAGGUUUAUAAGGACGGGCACGUGGAACGACCUCAGGUCGUCCCAUGUGCCACGAGUAAUGCAUUAGCCCCGGAGCUAGGCAUUACCUCUCAUGACAUUGUCAUUGACAAGUUUACGGGCAUUUGGGCACGUUUUUAUGUUCCGAAAGGUAAUGGGGAUAAGCUCCCUUUGCUUGUGUACUUCCACGGUGGGGGAUUUUGUGUUGGCUCCUCUGCUUGGAUUUGUUACCAUGAUUUUUUAGCGCGAUUAGCAGCUAAAGCGGGAUGCAUGAUCAUGUCUGUUAAUUACAGAUUAGCUCCGGAAAAUCCUCUCCCAGCAGCAUAUGAUGAUGGCCUUAAGGCUCUCAUGUGGCUAAAAUUGCAAGCAACAUAUUCAACAAGUGACCUAUGGUCGAGAAAAUGUGACUUCACUAAAAUGUUCUUAGCUGGUGACAGUGCAGGUGCCAAUAUAGCCUACAAUGUCGCGAUACGCUUAAAUUCCAGCACGUCGCUUAAAGGCCUAAUACUAAUCCAACCAUUUUUUGGCGGUGAAUUGAGAACUCACUCUGAGAAACACAUGGUGCAGCCCCCUCACUCUGCCCUCACCUUGAAUACUUCUGAUAUCUAUUGGCGAUUAUCGUUGCCCUCAGGGUCGAACCGUGACCAUCCGUGGUGCAAUCCAACAGCAAAUGGCACAAUCAACAUGAAGGCAUCCAAAUAUUUAUCAGUAUCCAUCAUGGUAUGUGUAUCUGAAUUCGACAUACUCAAGGACAGGAGCAUGGAGUUCUGUAACGCUUUGGCGAAAUCGGGGACCAAAGUGGAACGCUUGAUCUCCAGAGGAGUUGGACAUGCAUUUCAAGUUCUGAGCAUGUCUCAGAUUUCACAGACUCGUACAAAUGAGAUGAUCUCUCAUAUCAAGGCCUUCAUUAACAAAUGAAGUCGAUUAUGAUAAGUAUAAGCUACAAUUACUAACUAAUACCUCUGUUCUAAAAGUCGGUGAUUAACCAUAUUGAUCACCGAUUAAUCCAUGUUCCGUAACUCACCAAAAUGAUUAAAUCUCUGAUUAAUCUCCGACUAAUCAUUGUUCUGUGGUUUCACCGAUCAAGUCCGAUUUCCGCUUUUUACGACACUGAUUAAUACUAGACUUUCCUAUACUAUACUAUACGUACCAAACAAAUGUAACAUGUGGAUCAAGUAUAGAUCAAGUAUCACAUGAUACUCCUGUAGUGUAAAUGUAUAACCCUUUGUAUAAUGUAUUAUAAAUUAA